UAAAAAAGCGAAAAUUCAAAGACUUAAGCUUAUUGGUCCUAUUAUUCAAGAAUUAAUGCCAAUUGGUACUGAAGAUGACCCUGAUGAUAUAGAUGAAGAGUCCCCAUCUAGAAUGACUUUUAGAGUGAUAAAUUCUUUGGCGACUAAAUUGCCACCUCAACAAGUUUUUCCAGUUGUUAUGGAACAUAUUACCGCAUACAUUCAAAAUUCUAACCCAAAAUUCAGGAAAGCUGGAAUGAUGGCUUUCGCAGUUCUUAUUGAAGGAUGUUCUGAUUAUAUGCGCCCAAAAUUCAAUGACCUAUUACCCAUUGUUUGUAAUGGCUUACGUGACCCUGAAGUUAUUGUCCGUAGAGGUGCUUGCUUAGCGUUAAGCUGUUUGGCAGAGGAAUUGGAUCAAGAAAUUGCUACAAAUCAUACCAUUUUAUUACCAUUGCUCUUUGAACUUACAAAUGAUACAAGCACAGAAAUUAUAAAACAAGCUUGUAAUGCACUUGAUCUUAUUUUAGAAGGAUUAGGUGAUGUAAUUCUCCAAUAUUUACCCGCAUUGAUGGAGAGGCUCUUAAUUUUAUUGGACAAUGGUGCCAAUGAAAUAAAGGAUACUGUCAUUGCAGCCAUCGGGAGUGCUGCCCAUGCAUCUGGCGAAGAAUUUAAACCAUAUUUCCCGCGAGUGAUUGGUCGACUACAGAUGUUAAUGACAUUGAACCAAACAAAUGAAGAUAUAGUUUUACGUGGAGUUGCUACGGACACAGUGGGUGCCAUUGCUGAGGCGGUAGGAAAGGAAAUGAUACAGCCAUAUGUUAAUGAUAUUAUGCGGCUAGCUAUUGAAGGCUCGCAUACGGAGUCGGCACGUCUUAGAGAGUGUAGUUAUUGCUUAUUUGCAGUCUUAUCUCGUGUGUUUAAAGAAGAAUUCUCUCCAUAUUUAAGCACGAUUAUGCCACAAUUAAUAAAAAGUUGUCAAAUGGAAGAACACAAUCUACUUGGUUUAGAAGCAGAGGAGAAUCUUUCAUGUGACUUAGAUAUCGAUGAUGAGGAUGACACCGAAAUUGUUAUUAGUUCUGCCGUGGUUGACGAAAAAGAAAUAGCAGUUGAAGCAAUAGGUGUAAUAUUUGAAAAUACACGUUCACACUUUAUUCCAUAUGUGGAAUUGACUCUUCAAGAAUUAAUAAAACUUUCGAAUCAUCAUUCGGAGAAUGUAAGAAAAGUGGUAGUUGGAUCUUUAUUUAGCUUUUUGGCUACAUUUUAUAGUAUGUCACAUCCGACCAAAUGGGAGCCUGGUUUACAUGUGAAAGUUCCUAUCCACGAAAACGUGCAUAAUAUGGCCAAAGCUGUUUUAUCAACAAUAUUAACCAUGUGGGAAGACGAAGAAAGCAAGCUCGUAGUAAUCCAAAUUUGUGACGAACUUGCCGACGCUAUCAAGAUCUGUGGACCAGCAAUAAUUGCUGAUU